ACUGCGCUGUCUGGUAAGAAUCGAAACCGGUUAGUGUCACGGUCAUAUAGACUUAUUUAUCAAGCACGUUUUCUCUUAAAGUUUACUUUGACAUGGCGCGUGCAUCAAAAUUGAUGUACACAUCGCUAAACUUGCUAACUAGGAGAUUGGGAUCACAAAUCCAGCUUGUUUCAAUAACAGCCGGUAGAUAUUCCACCGAGAAACAGGCAACUAACGAAGAUUUAGAGAUAUUACCAGAUUUCGUCAAUAGGAAUCCUAGAUGCUUGGAAUAUCAAGGAAUCGCCCGAAAAACAAAGGGUUGGACUUUUCAAUAUCCAUCCAGAGAGUUUUAUCAUAGAUUGGUGAUUGAAAAGACACAUAGAAAUAUAACUGCUGAUGUUGAACAUUGUACUGGAAAGACGGUAGUGUCAGCUUCAACAUUAGAAAUGGCAAUUGCAUCUCAACUAGAGAGUAAGACUGAUCUAAAUGCUUCUAGAUACGUGGGAAAAAUUUUAGGUAGAAGAUGUCAAGAAAGUGGUAUUACAUCUAUGGUUUUACAAGAUGGUCCUGCUUCUAAUAUAAAUGUUGGUUCACAACGAUUUACAGCCUUAAUCGAUGCCAUGAAAGAAGAAGGAGUUAGUUUUGAAGAGGUUGAAGAAGUCAAACGCGAAUAUGAACCUGGAAUUGACUAUGACAAUGAAGAAGAAUUUAAUAAAGUUAUGAAAAGUCCUGUUAAAAAGAAAAGGCAUGUUAAGCGAAUUACAGUUUUCACACCUAGAACAUGAUAUAGUUGUUAUACAAAAAAUAUGCAAAAACAACUGUUAUAAUAAUAAAAUUGAAAUUUUUUUAA